AAAUUGUUGGUUUCAGAAACAAAUUUAGAAUUGUUAAAACUGAACAAAACACAUAUGGACAAGCUCAAGUUUGCGAUGGUUUUUAUCGACUUACAAUUAAUGUUGCAAAUUAUAUUAAAAAUUCAACACUCAUUGCUGGUACUCCUGUCUUACUGAAAGGAAAGAUGUCUAAUAUGCAUUUUCAAAUGAAUAAUUGAGUGAUAUAACAAUUCGUGAUGAUGUAUUCAUGAGUAAGAUUGCAUUAGACUCAUCAUUUAAUCCAAUAUCACGUAAACGUCCACAAGCAGCACCAGUAGUUGAAUUACCAGCAUCAACAUCAGCUGUACAACCACCAAUACCAUCAAAAGCAUCACCACCACCACUACUAGCACAAGCAUCAGCUGUACCACCACCAGUAUCAUCAAAAGCACCGGUACAACCACCAGCACAAGCACCAAAAUCAAUAUCAGUUGUACAACCACCAGUACCAUCAGAAGCAUCACAUGUACAACAACCACCACCACCACCAACACAAGCACCAGCAUCAAUAUCAGCUGUACAACCACCAGUACCAUCAGAAGCAUCACACGUACAACAACAACCACCACCACCACCAACACAAGCACAAGUAUCACCGACAGUACAAGUUUUCAAUUCUCAAAAAAAAAAAAUACAAACGAGAACAUAAAUAUAAUUAUGAAAAACAUGUAACUUCAUCACCUGUGAAUGUAAAUAAUGCAAAACGUGCACGCAAAUAUGAAAAACCAGCUCAGGCUGAACCUGAAGAUGAUGCUGAAAGUGCUAUUUCCAUCAGUGAUGAGUCCGUGAUGAGCCCGUGUUCCAUCAGUGAAAGUGAUACUGAUUGAUAUCGAGUCAAAUGG